UCUAAUCACCUCACCUCCGUUCAGCUCGUCGUAUCGUCUCUAGCCGAACCUGUGCAGCUCCGCGACGGCGAGGAAGCAUGGCUCACGGCCUUACCUGCAGCAGCUAUCCCGCCUUCUUCUCGCGCCUCCCACCUCUCCGGGAAUCUCCCAGACGACAUGCUGUUGUACAAUGUGGCACCUCAUUGAGCACGACAAGAGUAUCUGAAACUGAAGCUUCACCAGCCGAAUCUUCAACAGUUGUUCAAGGUGGUACCGCCCCUCUGGUUCACGCACUGCAAUCAACUGCCAGUCAAGAUGUUUCCUGCUUUCACUUCCCAGGACACAAUAGAGGAAAAUCUGCUCCUACUUCCUUGUCGAAACUCAUUGGCUCGGGGGCAUUUUUACAUGACUUACCCGAGCUACCUGAGCUCGAUGAUCUCUUCUCCCCGAAAGGUGUGAUUUUAGAUGCUCAGAGGCGAGCAGCUGAACUCUUUGGAUCAUUUAAAACAUGGUUCCUUGUCAAUGGAACUACCUGUGGGAUCCAGGCCUCAGUGAUGGCUACCUGCUCUCCCGGUGACUACCUCAUUUUACCGAGAAACUGCCACAUUUCAGUGGUCUCUGCACUGGUCUUGUCUGGUGCAGUGCCUAAAUACAUAAUACCAGAGUAUAAUUCUGGGUGGGACAUUGCUGGUGGUAUCACCCCGUUGCAGGUGGAUAAAGCAGUAAAGGAGUUGGAGGAGGAUGGAAAGAAGAUAGGCGCUGUUCUUGUUACUUCACCAACCUACCAUGGCAUAUGCAGCAAUGUGCAAGGUAUUGUCUGUGUUUGUCACAUGCGAGGCAUUCCGGUUAUAGUUGACGAAGCACAUGGUGCGCAUUUCAGGUUCCAUGACAAUUUGCCAAGCACUGCAAUUGAGCAAGGUGCUGACCUGGCUGUGCAAUCCACGCACAAGGUCCUGUGCUCCCUUACACAGUCCUCAAUGCUUCACUUGGCUGGAGAUCUUGUGGAUGUUGAUAAAGUAAGCCAGUGCCUCCAAGUCCUCCAGAGCUCGAGCCCGAGUUACCUCCUACUGUCGUCUUUAGAUGCUGCAAGAGCUCAGUUGAGUGAGAAUAAACACAUAUUUGAUGAACCGUUAGCUAUAGCAUCAAAAACGAAAGACAGGCUGAGGAUAAUCCCAGGGAUAUCUGUUCUAGACUUGACAUGCUUUGCUUCUGAUUUCCCUGCUAUUGAUCCAUUCCGUAUCACUCUUAGCACUUCAGAUCUACAUUUAUCAGGAUACGAGGCUGAUGACAUUUUGUAUGAAGAUCAUCAGAUCGUAUCCGAGCUUGUUGGCACACAGGCAGUGACAUUUGCAGUCAACUUAGGAACCAGAUUGCAAGAUCUUCAGAAGCUCGUACAGUGCACAAAGCGUCUGUCCGAAAAAUAUUUCUUUGCCAAUAGAUCCACUUUUAGAAAAGAAAAUCAUGUUUGUAGCCCAUUAGAGAAGAUCUCUGUGCAUCUGACUCCAAGAGAGGCCUUCUUUACAAAGAAGAGGAAAGUGAGAAUUGAGGACAGCCUUGGCGAAAUUUGUGGUGAGUUAAUCUGCCCUUACCCACCGGGCAUCCCGGUGCUGAUCCCGGGUGAGGUAGUAACACAGGAUUCGCUAUCUUACUUGAUAAAUUUCAGAAACCAAGGCAUGAGAAUCAGUGGAGCAGCUGAUGCUGAGCUCAACUUCAUUCUUGUAUGCAACUUGUGAUGAAUGUUCUGAUGUUUCAAGAGACUAUGUAGAAGAGAUAUUUCGAUAACUCACAGACAUAUGCUGAUGCCACGAGAGAUCAGAAUUGUAGUUCAGACCCAGUCCAGAGCACAACUGGCUGUUUGUUUGAUGGAUUUGGGCAACAGUCAUGUAAAACAAUGGCUGACCACUUGGCCAAUUAAUUAGGCAGCAUUUUGUCCUGUGAAGAUCAUAUGAAUAGGGUCAAGCUGCAACAUGGGGCCAAAAUAUGAAUAGGGUCUAUGGCAUGUGAUUGGUUGUAAGUUUGAAGUAUGAAGCGUGAACUGCUUUAGAGGCAACCUCUCCAUCUGAAGUGCCUUGGAAUGUUUCCCCUUUGGUUAUCUUCAGAAUGGAAGGCUCAGUCUGAAAUGACUGUCAGCUCAAGCAUCAGAUGCAAGUUUGCACCUUCAUGGUUCUCCGAGAGCAGGUUGCAAGGCUGCUCCAGCAAGUACUCACUAGCUGCUCUUAUAACAACGGAGCAUCACAUCAAAGAUGUGUUUCUUUGCAUGGACUGAUUAAGAAACCCUGCGGUUGACUAAUUUGUCCGAAAACCUAAAAUGGAAUUAAAUUGCUAAACAUAAGCUGGUACUGACUAUCGCAUCUUGUUAAUCCCUGGUUGGUGAGAUUAAUCAAUUACUUAAUUAAGGAGAACAUCAAGCCAAGGCUGCACAGUGGUCUAUUAUUGCCAUUGUCAUUUUCUUGACGUGAUAAGCAACCAAAAAAGGGGAGUUGCUUUACCCUGCACCAUCACCAUGUACAUACAUGCGUAUGAAUUGGUUGUCACCUUUAUCUAGAAUUGUUGUUACGUGUACCAGCAUUAGUGAAUUAUUAAUCCAUCUU